AUAAUAUAAUCAACAGGUGGGAGCUCCUGGCGGGCGGGCAGGCGUAGUGUGAAGGUCAGUGCUCACCCCCGGCCGCUCAAGAUUUGACUUGACAUUUCAGCAGCAACAUGGCAACACGUUGGGGCAUAGUAAGUGCCGGUCUGAUCUCCAAUGACUUUGUAAAUGCAUUGAAGGCCUUACCCUCAGGGGAGCACCGCCUAGUGGCUGUAGCUGCACGCUCACUUGACAGUGCAAAAAGCUUUGCAUCAAGAAAUGGAGUGGAAAAGGCAUAUGGGUCAUAUGCAGAGCUUGCUCAGGAUCCUGAUGUAGAGGUGGUGUAUAUUGGCACAAUCCAGACACAGCACCUCGCUGCUGCUUCCCUCAUGAUCCAGUCUGGGAAACAUGUCCUUUGUGAGAAAUCCCUUGGUUUAAAUGUGAAGGAGACUAAGCAGCUUAUUCAACUUGCUGAGAAAAAGAAGGUUUUCCUGAUGGAGGCAGUAUGGUCAAGGUUCUUCCCUCUGUACCAGGAGAUGAUAAGAAGAAUCAAGUCAGGAGAGAUUGGAGAAGUGGUGCAAGUUAUCUGUUCCUUUGGUGAAUCAGUGGAGAAUAUAGAGAGGCUGCUGAAGAAAGAAACUGGCGGAGGAGUCACCCUGGAAAUAGGAAUUUACCCAGUGCAGUUUGCCACACUAGUAAUGGGAGGAGAGAAGCCACAGAAAGUGCUUGCUGGUGGACACCUGAAUGCCAAUGGUGUAGAAGAAUCAACAAGUGUCUCGCUUGUCUACUCUGGACGACGCUUGGCUUCUCUGAGUUCCACCAUCAGGGCAUGGUUGCCUUCAGAGGCCUUUGUUAUUGGCACUAAGGGCACUAUCAAGGUUAACUAUCCCAUGUGGUGUCCUGAAAGCCUGGAGUCACCAUCAGGAAAAUUUGAGUCACCACUUCCCAAAACAGGUCACACCUUCAACUUUGUUAAUAGCCAAGGAUUAAUGUAUGAGGCAGUUGAAGUGAGACGCUGUCUUAAAGAAGGUUUGCUGGAGAGUCCAAGGAUGAGCCACAAAGAGUCUCUUACUAUUGCUGAAGUCAUGGAGCAAAUAAGACGACAGGUUGGAGUAGAAUUUGACUAGAACAUCAAAGCAAUCUAACAGUGUUAAGUUUUCAGCUAAAGACAUAAACUAAUUGCUAUUUUUGAAGACCGAAGCCCAACUAUAUACUGUAUAAUGUUAGCAAUAAGAUAAUCAGUGGUAUAGUAUUAGUUCUUUUAGAAUAUUGUAUUAAUCUUUACUCUCAUGACAUCAGUAGAAUCUAUUACCUUCUCAGUUAUUACGGAACAUAACUGUAAUUCUGUCAUGGAAGUUAAAAUUCUGAUGCGUAUGUAAUUCAUGUAAUUAUGGUUAUUCACUUUAUUGACUACACACAGUUUCCAUUUAUGUAGCUUACUUAAUUCUGUUAAUUUGUGUUCAAUGAAGUCCUUCAUUAUAGCAGCUUUAUAGUAAGAACUAACUGGUAGUAUAUACAACUGUACCAAGGGAAUAUGUAAAGGAAUUUGAGAAAUGCAGAUCAUAAUAAAAUUAUAAAAUAAUUAUUAGUUA